GCCAUUUCGACGCUGCUACCAGCAUGGGCUGGGACGGCCUCGUGUGCUGCGCGACCACGUGCUUCGGCGACGCCCGCCUCGACGGCGCGCGCACCGGCGACCGCCACGCGUGUCCGCAGCGCUUCAAGCUCAAGACGCUGCACGUGCACGUCGAUGGCAGCAGCCGCCUUCGCCUCGAGUCGACCAACUGCAAGCUCGCGUGUUUGCCCGCGGGCUUGAUCAAGAAGAUUGUGUUUCUCUUCCUGCGUGGCCGGCGCGAGGCCAGCGUCCGGCCACCGACGCCAGCGCCGACCGACGACACGGCGUCCCUGUACGCGAGCCCGCCGAGAACGAACGAGUCGGCGAUUCCAAUGCUCUCGAACGACAUGAUCUCGGUCGCAUCCUCAUCCUCGCUUGCAUCCCGGACGUCCGUGUCCAUGAACGAGGCCUACGCGUAUGCCCGCGGGUGCCAGCUCGCCGAAUCGAGCGAUCCGCUCGAAGCCAGCGGCGCGUCGUCGUCGUCGAUGGCAUCGUCCAUCUCGGCGCCGCCCAUGGACCUGGAUCUCAACAUCCUUCAGGACACAUAUGCGAUCACCUUCAAGAAGGCGUCAACAGGUCGCGAAGAGGUCGAGAUCAAGCUCUUCAUGGUGAACGCCGCCCGCGCCUCCCACGAGCACAUGAAAAUCGUGCACGUGCUUCUGCGGGACAACCUCUGGGUCGACGUGGUCGUCGUCGACGAACUCGGUGGCGCCAAAGAAUGCAGCUCCUACCGUGCGGUUGAAGAAGCCUUGUCCGUGUUCCAGCUGGACGCGUGUCUGUCGUGCGGCCUCGCCUCUCGCUGCAGCUGCAACGAACUGCCGCCGUCCAACCCGCAGACGAUUUGGAAGCGAGAAGAAGAUGUCCGGCUCGACGAGCUCGUCGGGAAACGCGAGCCGCCAGCGCUCACGGUGGCGUACGACCACUGGCAGCACACGUGCUCGAGUGUUUGCGAAGAGCUCGUGCCGAGCCUCCAGCUGCGGCUCGUGCCGGCGUCGUCGGCCUUGCCCACCGAAUUUGAACUCGCCAUCUCGUCCAGCAAGACGGUCAAAGACCUCUCCGAGGCCAUCUACACGAUGUAUUGCAUCUCCGUGUGUCAUGGCGAGCUCAAGUGGCACGUGACGCGUCGGUACCGCGACUUUUGCGACCUCCACACGCAGCUUUCGAGUGAACUAUCGAUGGUGCUGCCUGCGCUGCCGCCGAAAACCUGGCUCCCGAGUGUCGACGAAGCGUUCGUCUCGGAGCGCCAGAUCGCCCUCGAGAGCUUCUUGCGACAGCUACUGCCGAUGCCGGGCGUCAUGGAGUCGCCCCGGUUCCUCUCUUUCCUUGGCGCGGUGUCGACGACGUCGCUCGAGCACGAGCGCGCCUCGGGCAUUCCCCGGGACGUGGUGCACUUGCGCAUUCUGCAUCGGUUCGUCUCGGUCGGCGACUUGGUGCUCUUUCGGUCGAAGAACCCCAUGAGCGGGGUCCAGCGCUCGGUCACGGGGGCGGAGUGGGACCAUGUCGGGAUCGUUGUCGACGCGCCGACGUCGCGCCACCGACUCAUGCUUUUGGAAGCAACCGGCGACGGCGUCACCAUCUUCCCGCUCGUGCCCCGCAUUUUGGCCUACACAUCCUGCUUUACAACGUACAUGGCGCUCCGCAAGCUGUCGUUGCCACCGACGAUGGACCUCGCGGACGUCGGGAGCGAGCUCGCCGCCUUUGCCAACCAGGUCGAGGGCAAGCCGUACGUGAUGACGAUCGGCAAACUGGUCAAGCAAGAAGAGACCAAUGCGACGCUGUCGGGCUUUUUUUGCUCGGAAUUGAUUGCGGCCGCGCUCAAGCACGUGGGAUUGUUGGAUACGGACUUGGCGGCCGCCAACUUUGGCCGGGCUGCUUUGCGAGCGGCGGCCAAGUCGACAAGGCGCUGGCGCGGCGCGGUGCGUCGUACGGCCCCGAAGUCGUCAUCGACUGCCGCGUCCUCGAGAUUGCCAUGACACACCGGUCCGAGCACGGCACGACGGGCGCCGUCAUCCACAGUGACUCGUCGAAACCCUAAACGAUAACGAUAAAACUCUAUAAUUUACGAUUGGAUAAAUGGAUUCGUCUCGA